GAGGUGGACAGUGAUGGCGUUACGUAAGUAGCUUUAUACGUGGUCCAUGUGAGGUGAGGCUAGUCUAACACAUAUACAGAUGGGUGAACAUCACACUCAGGGGCAAGUGGUAAGUGAACUCAGACUUGGGUACGCUACUAUUUCUAGUCCUUAGCUAACAUCGGAAUAGGCUCCCUUACAGCCGAUUCUAAAAGCACCGCGGUCUGCGAGGAACUUCUAUAUGUACUGGCGUUCUAGGGACGAAUGGCUGGUGGUUUUAUAGAUAGCCUAUUAACGAAUGUAUUAUUUCUUUUGAAUCAUGUCACCCAUGCAUAUUCGUCCUCGUGUAUAGCUCUCAGUAACGACCCUACUGCGGCGAAUAUCUUAAAGCUCACUGUCUACUUUAAAUGUAUCGCCCAAGAAGGUCUCAUACUAAAACAUAACUUUACCAGAAAAUUCUACAUUCAGGGGCGGAUUCUAGACCAAUGGCCGCACUGAAACUGGUCUAGCGAAGCAUUUUCUACUUGGAUUAUAUAGGAUCAAAGUGAACAUAUCAUUACUUUGCAUCAGUAGGACCUAGGAAUUCGAUUCUCCCGUUGGCUAAAAACCCCUUUUGCCUUUUCUCUUAUAUCUUUCCGUAUACCCUCC